AUGGGGUUGGUAAGACCAAAAGUGAAAACAUUGGUUGAGGAGCAGGUGGUGGAAAUGGGAUCGGCGAAGGUACAGCUGUCCCUGUGGAUCAUGUGGAAGAAGAAAACAAACAUGGGGGAGGCUAACGAUGAGUACAUUGAGGUAAAGAUAGAUUUCCAUAAGCUGCGGCUAACAAGGGGUUCAUCGUAUAUAGAACCCCUAAAUUGGAUAGCUUUGAAAAACGCCAUCAUGAAUCCAAAAAAUGAUGAUGAGGAGUGUUUCAAAUGGGGCGUCAUAGCAUCCUUACAUCAUACAGGGAUUGAAAAAGAUGCACAAAGAAUCACUAAGCUGAGACCCUACGUAGACCUCUACAAUUGGGAGGGUAUAGAGUUCCCAACAACUAUCAAGGAUAUAUCCAAGUUUGAAAAGAAUAACUCGGACAUUGCGGUGAAUGUCCUAUACAUAAUGGGAAAGAAGAUCAAUAUCCUGCGACGAUCGGAGCACAACAUUAGGCGUAGCAAGCAGGCGAAUCUGUUACUUAUCACCGAUGACAAAAAGACCCACUACAUAGCCGUCAAGAGUCUUCCGCGACUCCUAGGCAAGGAGACAUCGAAAAAUAGGAAUGCGAUGCAUUUUUGCCUGAGCUGCUUACAGGCCUUCAACACGGUUGAAUCAAGAGACAAGCAUUAUGUCUACUGCAAGGAUCACGAGUUGGAAUGGCCAAUAACAAUUCAAGGUAUAUAUAAUAUAUAUGCCGAUUUCGAGAGCUUAUUAAUACCGGUAGAAGAUGCCAGGGAAACGAAGACGAAAAAGCUGAACAAGCAUGUACCAUCGGGCUGGUGUACCUAUAGCACAUUUGCAUACGGAAGUGUACCAGAUCCAUUAACAGUCUACAGAGGUAAGGACUGUGUCACGCGAUUCGUGAACCAUCUGGAGGAUGAGGUGAAGCGGUUAUAUAAUACCUACCCACAACAACCCAUGCUGGAACUGACAGAGGUUCUAAGGAGGGAGCACAACGAGGCAUCGGAAUGUUAUAUAUGCCUAAAGCCGUUUGACGACUGUGAGAAUAACCGCAAAGUUAGAGACCAUUGCCACUAUACGGGUCUGUAUAAAGGCGCGGCGCAUAACAGCUGUAUUUUGAAGUACAACAUACCUAGUCACAUAACUGUCAUCUUCCACAAUCUAAGUGGAUACGACGCGCACAUGUACCACUUGCAGGUAUGGGGUACGGCGAUGGGGAAACGUACAAGAAGAUCGAAAUCAGGUUUAUCGUUAGCUGUCGAAUCAUGCCCUCAAGCCUGGCAAAUUGGCAAGCAACUUAAUAGGGCCAAAUGCCGCUGCUUGAAUACCACAAAGCAAUUAAACCAAGAGAAACUAAAGGCAAACGUACCAUCCAUGACAAAGUUCAUUAAAAAGGAUGAUGUUUUCCGCCUGAUGCUUCGAAAAGGUGUGUACCCGUACGAGUAUAUGGAUGGAUGGCGACGAUUUGAGGAGGUGGAGCUACCACCCAAAGAGGCAUUCUACAGCAAGCUGAACAUGAAGGGCAUAUCGUACUAUUAUUAUAAAUACACGAAAAAGGUAUGGAAUUGUAUCACCCCAGAGGGUGAUGUAGUCACCAUGGACGACUAUCAUGAUGUGUACCUGACCACGGACGUCCUGCUAUUGGCCGACGUGUUUGAAACGUUCCGGGACGUGUGUCUAACAAACUACAAGCUUGAUCCUGCCCAUUUCUACUCCACACCCGGCUUGGCAUGGAAAGCAGCACUCAAGCUGUACACCGGUAAGCCGAAGCAAAUAAUAGGUACAUGGGAUAGCAUUAUAAUUCUGAUGAAGAAUCCUCCUACCUUGCAGUACCUCGAUGCGAACAACCUCUAUGGGUGGGCCAUGAGGCAAGAUCUACCAACGGAUGGUUUUAAAUGGGUGUCGAACGUCGAGGCAUUUACAGAAAAGCGAAUCGAGAAGCUCGUUGAAAAGAACAAGCAUGGUUACAUUUUAGAGGUUGACAUCGACUACCCCGAUAGACUACACGAUACCCAUAACAAGUUACCGUUCUUACCGGAACGCAUGGUGAUUAAAAAGGUUGAAAAUCUGGUACCUAAUUUAAAAAACAAGCGUGGGAUAUGUGGUACAUAUCAGAGCUCUCCACGAGGCUAUAAAACAUGGGUUCGAGCUGAAGAAGUUCCAAGGGUCAUUCAAUUCAACCAGAAGCUGAUUACCAACGAGGACAAGUAUAUGAACCUUGUGAUGAAGCCGAAUUUCAAGGGUGGAAGCCGGUUCAGUAAGCACCUCCUAGGUGUUGAAAUUGGUAAAACAGAGGUCAGGAUGAAUAAGCCGGUGUAUAUAGGCCAGGCCAUAUUGGACAUGUCAAAAAUGGUAAUGUAUGAGUUCCACUACGACUAUAUGCAGCCAAAAUAUGGCAGUAAGCUACAGCUCUGUUACAUGGACACAGACAGCUUUGUGUACCACAUCUGCACAGAAGACUUUUAUCGUGACAUUGCGCGGGAUGUUGAGGACCGUUUGGAUACGAAUGCCUAUAGCAAGGAUGAUAAUAGGCCCCUCCCCCUAGGUAAGAACAAAAAAAGGGUUGGCUUGAUAAAGAAAGAACUGGCAGGAAAAAUCAUGACGGAGUUCAUCACUCUGAGAGCAAAACUCUAUGCCUACAACAGCCUUACAAAAGAGGGCGUGACCAAAAAAUUUAUCACGAUUACCGGCGAUGUCUGGAGGAGGGUGUUGACGUAUAUAAAAGCCAGAUAUUGA